AUGGGGGUGUGGAUGAAGGUUUGUGGCUGGCUGGGAGUCCAUUCAGUGUUAUCAGUAGAGGCUGAAUCUCACUUUGAUCAAUGUGAAAGUCUGUUGUUGGGAAAUAAAAAAGCUGGCUUGGUUAUGAAUUUAAUUUGGCUAGCAACUGUAAGCUCUGUUUGGCAGCGAAGGAAUGGUUCUGUUUUCAGAGGGGAGAGCGCGAAAAUUGUAGGAAUUGUGGACUUACUGCAGUACAAGGAGGGUUUUGUUUAUUGGAUGCUUGCCAAGGUGGGUUCACUCACGCUGGGGCCAUCUUCAGUGUGGCGUGGUUGUUAUGAUUACAAUAGGCUGGUUUCUGUUACUGAUAGAAAGGGAGAUAUUUAG